AUGUCCUCUCUAUGGAAUGCCCUCACCGGAGGCAACAAGCCCGCCCACCCGCCACAGCAGCAGCAGCAGCAGCAGCAACACCAGCCCUUCACUCCCGAUGCCGCCCCUCCAAGCACCACCAACCUCUAUGACCCGACCCAGGGCGCCGGCGUCGAGUCCUUCCUGCAGAGCUCGUCCUUUGCCGACCCUUCACAACUGCACCCGCUGGCCGGCCUGAACAGGGACACGCUGGAGUACCUGACGCUCGAAGACUCAACGCUGUCCGACCUGCCGGGCGGCCAGUCCGUCCUGCCAUCCCGCGGCUUCACCGACGACCUCUGCUACGGCACCGGCAUCACAUACCUGACGGCGCUGUCGAUAGGAGGCGCAUGGGGAUUCCAGGAGGGUCUGCGCAAGUCAGUCGGCCAGCCGCCCAAGCUGCGGCUCAAUGCCGUCCUCAACGCCAUGACGAGGCGGGGUCCGUUCCUGGGCAACAAUGCCGGUGUUGUCGCCAUCACAUACAACUGCAUCAACUCGCUGAUUGGGUACCUGCGCGGCGAGCACGACGCCUUCAACACGAUUGCCGCGGGUGCGCUCAGCGGUAUGGUGUUCAAGAGCACCAAGGGCUUGCGACCGAUGAUGAUCUCUGGUGGUCUGGUGGCUUCCGCAGCCGGUGUUUGGGCGAUUGUCCGACGGUCAUUCUUCCCCAUCCCGGAGCCGCAUGCCGCGCAUGCCGAGCACGCCGCCUUGUAA